AUGUCAUCUAAUUAUCCAACAACAAUGUCUUGCACUGAUGCAUUUGAUCAGUUAACAGGAUGUUUCAGUUUAGGAGGUCAGUUUAGAAAUUACUACAGACAUGGCCACAUGAACGAAUGUCUGAAAGAAUUCGAGAAAUUUAAGUUUUGUGUGAUCCAUAGUAAAGAUCCCGUGAAGGUACAGGAAUGGCACAAAGAGCAGUGGCAGAAGAACCAAGAAAGGAAAGGUACCUCCGAUGACAUUUGGAAAGAAAGAGUAUAA